CAUGAAUGCAUCGCGCUUCCCUCUCCGGCCUCGGCUACUAGCCGGCUAUUGUAGUGCAGGGACAACUCACGAGCAGCCACACAUUUUAGGACAUUUAAAGCGGAUUUUGUCCUUACAGGAAAUAACCAGCACCAGUUUAUGCCCACCCUAACCCUUCGUAAAGGACUAUCCGAGGUUCUGGCGGAUGACUUCGAGCUCCGGGCGGAGUACUUAGUCGGCAUGGGACGGACAACUGAUAUUUGAUUGUGUAUCUCCACUUUGGACAAAACAACAACAAAAGGUGGACAAACAAAAGCGGAAGAGGCAAAAAAAGACGCAUGUAGCCAGACUACGACGCUAUUAAAGGUUUGACGAUGGGUUGCGUCAGGAGUAAAGAGGACAAAGGCCCGUCUCUGAAGUACCGACCGGAUAACAGCACCACUAGCAGCCCAGCCAAUGCCCACCUGGGCCACUACGGUCCUGAGCCCACCAUGAUGGGCUACUCACCAGCAGCUAAGAACCUCAAUAAUAGCUACAACAGCCAUGCCGCCGCCACUCUCACCCCCUUUGGCGGGGCUUCGGCUACCAUGACGCCCUUUGGCGGCGCCUCCACCUCCUUCACGUCGGUGGCUGUGAGUAGUCCUUUCCCCGGCGUCAUCACAGGCGGCGUCACAUUUUUUGUGGCACUGUACGACUACGAAGCGAGGACGUCGGACGAUCUGUCAUUCAAAAAAGGGGAUCGCUUCCAAAUUAUCAACAACACGGAAGGAGACUGGUGGGAGGCUCGUUCCAUCAACACCGGACAGAAGGGUUACAUCCCCAGCAACUACGUGGCCCCAGCAGACUCCAUACAGGCUGAAGAAUGGUAUUUUGGCAAAAUGGGCCGUAAAGAUGCAGAAAGACUUUUAUUGCUUCCGGGAAACCAGCGGGGUACUUUCUUGGCCCGUGAAAGCGAGACGACCAAAGGUGCCUACUCUCUGUCCAUCCGGGAUUGGGAUGAAAUAAAAGGAGACAACGUAAAACACUACAAAAUUCGAAAGCUGGACAGCGGUGGUUAUUACAUCACCACCCGAGCUCAGUUUGAGACGCUACAGAAGCUGGUGAAACACUACACAGAACACGCUGACGGUCUGUGCUACAGGCUGACGACAGUUUGCCCCACGGUGAAGCCGCAGACUCAGGGACUGGCCAAGGAUGCCUGGGAGAUCCCCAGAGAGUCUCUCCGACUGGAAGUAAAACUGGGCCAGGGCUGCUUCGGAGAGGUCUGGAUGGGCACGUGGAACGGCACCACCAAAGUGGCAAUCAAGACCCUGAAGCCAGGCACCAUGUCGCCAGAAGCCUUCCUGCAAGAGGCUCAGAUUAUGAAGAAGCUGCGGCAUGACAAGCUGGUCCCGCUGUACGCCGUGGUAUCCGAAGAGCCCAUCUACAUCGUCACCGAGUUCAUGGGCAAAGGGAGUCUACUGGACUUCUUGAAAGAGGGAGAUGGCAAAUACCUGAAGCUGCCCCAGCUGGUGGACAUGGCUGCACAGAUUGCAGACGGCAUGGCCUUCAUCGAGAGGAUGAACUACAUCCACAGAGACCUGAGAGCUGCCAACAUUCUGGUGGCCGACAACCUGGUUUGUAAAAUCGCCGACUUCGGCCUCGCCCGACUCAUCGAGGACAACGAGUACACCGCUAGACAAGGUGCAAAGUUCCCCAUCAAGUGGACCGCACCCGAAGCUGCUCUAUAUGGACGCUUCACUAUCAAGUCAGAUGUGUGGUCCUUUGGUAUACUACUGACUGAACUGGUCACCAAAGGCAGGGUACCCUAUCCAGGGAUGGUGAACAGGGAGGUGCUGGAGCAAGUGGAGCGAGGCUACCGCAUGCCGUGCCCUCAGGGAUGCCCCGACUCGCUCCACGAGAUGAUGCGCCAUUGCUGGAAGAAAGAACCCGACGAGAGGCCCACCUUCGAGUACAUCCAGUCCUUCCUGGAGGACUACUUCACCGCCACCGAGCCACAGUACCAACCGGGGGACAACCUGUAGUACAGCUGUCCGUGACUAGGUGAAGCUCAUGGCAAAAAAAAAAAAGCGGCCACAACACUGUGAUCAAUACCAGACUAGUUAGUCCUCCUCAUUUCAAAUUCAAUGAUGUUGACUGUUUUUAUUAUGAAUCAUCCAUUCGUUCUCCCGCUUAUUAUUUUAUUCUGCAAAAUAAAUCUCCCCCAUGGGAGUGGAGAUCUUUUAUAUGUAUGGUGGUUUGUUGAGAGUGUGUGUUGGCUGACAGAUGGUGCAGGAAUGUGCGCGUAUGUACAGAAAAUGAAUUUUAGUAAGUGUGGACAAAUGGCAAGAUGACUUUCUUUUUUUGGUUACAUUCUGAUGGAUUAAAAAAAAUGACAUCAUUUUCAUGCAAAAA